UUCUAUUUGUUUUCACGGAACCAGAGAAUUCCGGUCUCUUAAUUGCACGAUGUCGUCGAGAAGCUUGAGAGGCGGCGGCGCAGUCGGAUCUUCGCCGGAGGAGCUGAAGCUGAUCUUCGACAAGUUUGACAAGAACGGCGACGGGAGGAUCUGCUGCGACGAGCUCAGGGAGAUCUUCCGGGAGCUCGGCUCCGAGACGACGCCGGACGAGGUCAGGACCAUAAUGGCCGAGUUCGACAAGGACGGCGACGGCCGCAUUGACCUAGACGAGUUCGCCGAGAUUCUCAACGGCGGAUCCACCAAGGAUCUCCGCGACGCUUUCGACCUCUACGACCUCGACAAGAACGGCCGCAUCUCCGCGGGUGAGCUCCACGAGGUCCUCAAGCGAUUGGGACAGAAGUGCUCGCGUAAGGACUGCGCCAAGAUGAUCGCCUCCGUCGACGCCGACGGCGAUGGCCACGUCAACUUCGAGGAAUUCAAGAAGAUGAUGAAGAAACCCUAAAGGUGGUUCAAUUGUUCCGCUAAUCAAGCAAGUGAAAUGUUUAGGUAGUUGAUCUGGAUUAAUCAGGUGUAUAAAAUUGUUUUCCGAUUACCCUACCUGCUUUCGGUUUUUUCUUUUUUCUGUGGUUAUGGUUGCAAUCCUAGCCGGAAAAUUGAAUUUGACUUUGAAUUCAACUGGUAACUUAGUUUCGUGAUUGGUAUUAACACUAGAGGUGACCAACUGGUUUCGUUGCUGACAUCAACACGGAAAUGGACUCUGAUAGAAAAAAAGUCUUCAAUUGUCUUUAUCUUAUAAUCGAUCUCAUUUUUAUUUUCAUCUCUUUUAGAUAGUGGUGGUUUUUUUUCUAAAAAAAACAAAAAUAAUUUCGAGAGAAUUAAUUAUUAUUCUACCCUUAUUUGUCUUAGUCUAUUUAUGUUUUUUUUAAUAAAUCUAUUUAUAUUUCCUUAUUAGAGUAGAUUAUGCUUUAUGUAGAUAUGAGUCUCUGAGUCUUCGGGAUACUCCAUAUGUAAUGUCUAUAUAUAUGUCACAUUAUCAAUUAAUAAGGAGUUACGUUCUGUUC